CCCAACGGCUCUCGCUCCCCUCGCGCCGCCCAGUCAGCCGCAGACAUGGCAGCGGCCGCUCGGAGGCUCCGCGCUGCUGCUGCUGCAGCUGCGGUGCUGCUGGCGGCUGGGACGGCGACGGCCGCGAAGGAAGGUCACAGGUGAGGCGAGCGGGGCGGGGAAUUGAGGUGGCAAGGCAGCCCCGGCCAGGCCUUCUCCUCCUUUCUUCUUCCUUCCCUUCCAUCCUCUCCCCUCAACUCUCUCAGCCCUCUCAGGCUGAGGAGUUCCUACUGCCUCUCCUCCCCACCGGAGAGGAGGAAGGGGAGGCGUGGCCGUGGGGGGGGUCAGGACUCAGCCCCACACUUGGUGCCUCCUCCAAACCCCUCAUUCCGGCAUCAGGGCUCCUUCUGGACCUCACCACGUAGAACUCGUUUUGUUUCGGGCUCUUUGGCUCCCCCUGAGUAUGUACAGAGUGCAUCCCACCCCCCAACCCCCCUUGCCCACAUCACAGCCACAUUGAGGAGGUUGCUACACUUCUUGCUUGAAGGGAUCAAACUUGGCCCUCCCAGUAUUUUCAAGGUGGGGGCUGUGAACUGUGAGGCAGGGGAGGUCGGAUGGUGUGGGUUUUGUUUUUUUAGUGGGGUGCAUUGCCUGCACAGGGAAGGGGUUGUGUCCCCCCACCCCCCGCUUUCUCGCACCUUGCAAGCCCGUUUGUUGCGCCUGCCCAUGUCUAUCUCGCAUUGGGAUCCCCUUCACUGGGCCAUGUGUUUAUGUGAAAGCUCGUUUUCUCUCAAGAAGGGCUUGUUGAGCUGAAGAGCAAAGUCAUCUUAUUUUUAUUUUUUAAAAUUAACCCUCUUUCUUUUCUUCUACUCUCAGGAAUAAAUAAGACCGGAGUCGCCUGUCCGCUACACCUCUUCCUCCUCCCCUCCCCUCCCCACAUCCCUCUCUUCUCCUCGCCACCCUCUAAUAAUGUGGAAACUCAACAAGAGCGGCAAAGUUCUCCUGGAUGAUUCUCCAGAGGAAGAAGAGAGCCAGUCCCCACCUCCAGCGACACCAGCAGCUACCUUCUCAGCACAGGUAAAAGGCACCAGACUGCUGACUCUGUGCAUAUUUGUAUUUUUAGUACCUUUGCAGCCCUGGCGUCUGUCACCUUUCCUUCAGUUUUGUAGGACAGUCUCUUUCUGUCCUCCUUCCACCACCCCUUUUUACCCAUGGCAGAAUCUUGGCAUUUUUAUCUCUGAUCUGGCAUUAUGAGUAAUCACUUUUCAUUCCCCUUGGAUGCCUUAAUAAUGAGUCUUGUGGCAAGGAGGAACUGGUAUGAACCAAUGCUGUUUUGUACAUACCCUCUGGGAAGCUGGUGUCAGUCUCUCCCUAAAACUCAUGCUCAGCAGUGUUAGGACUCCUGUAGUCCAGUGACUUCAUACUUCAGGCCACUCUCUUUUGUCCCUGUCUUCAUCCUUAGGCAUAGUCAGCGAAGGCACAAGCUCAGUUAAACACAGCAAAAAGAGUAGUGCGUUCUGGCAUAGCUGUCAACGUUUCCCCUUUUUUAAAGGGAAAUUCCCUUAUUCCGAAUAGGAUUCCUCGCAAGAAAAGGGAAAAGUUGACAGCUAUGCGUUCUGGUCUGUUGAAAAUUCUUAUGAUUCUGUUGAAAAUCCUUAUGAUUAUGAUUAAAGCAAAGAGGCUUAAGAUUUGAGAUGGAAUCUGCAUUUUAACAUAAGUUGUUUAUGUUUGAAAUAUGUAAGUAGUUUUGUCUCAAGUUUCCUUUACAUUUAAAGUCUCUUCUUUUACCUUUUUGUACAAAUGCAAGUUCCAUAUCAGCACUAUAGUCUACUGAAAGCAUUACAAUUUAUUGUUACAGUUUACUUUUUAAACAGAAGGGUGUGAAAGAGGAGGAAAAUGAAUUGUAUCAUAAGUGGAUGGAUGUAUGACUUAUGUCCUGAUCCAAAACAUUGAUUUCAAAACUUAUUUAACUUAGUGAAACGUAAGUGGCGUACCUGGAGUAUAAGUUUAGAUCCAUUAAUUAUAAAUAGUUCAUGUAUUAAGACGCUACUAAUUUAAUUGGGAUGUAUGGGUUUUCUUUUUAAAUGUAAAGUUUAAAGAAUUCUGAACAGUACAAAAUGUUGAAGGUAACUUGGGCAGUAUCCAAUGCUCCUGUUCUUCUAGCACAAUGGAUGUGUACUAGCAGAACUUUUCCACCCUCUUCUCUCUACCGCAGCCCUUUGUGUACCCCUAAAAUCAGAUCCAGAGGGUUGGGAACCCCUUUAAAGAAUGUUGGGUUGGGGGGGGAUGGAAGAAUUGGAAAUAGAGGUGCCACUGCACUGAAGGCACUGCUUUGGAGACAACCCCUUGUAUUUAAAACUUUUAAAGGUUGGAUUUAGGUUAAUGUUUGAAAAUAUGAAGAUUAUUUAGAAUUAAGAAAUAUUUAUCCGACUGAAUCCAACCAUUUAGGUCUCAGUUCCAGCACUUCAUAUUUUGACCUGCUUUAAAAACAAAAUCCUUGUAAAAUACUCAUAAUCAGGAAAUAUCAGCACUGAAAAACAGGAUGAAGACAAGUGAACAAUUUGGAGACUGAAUUGGUGGCCUGCACAUUCUCACCCCAAUUCAGAUAAGAAGAGUCAUCAUGUGUAGGCUUCUACUACAUAUCACUUGUUAGAUCAGGAACUGUGGGUGUAGAUAGGAUGUGAAUCUAAAUGCACAUCCAAAUUUGGACAUUCUCUAUCCAAGCUUCCACAAUGCUUUACUUUUCCUCAUACAGUAUCUACAACUCCACUCACAUUCUGCAUAGGACUAGAGGUGUGUCAGAAUGCUUAUUUGUUGCUGAGCAAAUUCCUUUUACUAGAAUUGCAGCCCUAUGCACAUUUACUUAGAAAUUAGACUCACUGAACUCAGUGAGACUUAUUUCUGAAUAAACAUGCAGAGGAUCAACCUGCAGAUACAUUGCAAAGAGAACUGCUGUCCUGGCUCUACAAGCCUGAGAUGCCACAGAAGUUGUGAAAUCAAGUACGCGAGGCAUCCUAAUGCAGAGUUAGUUCACUAAUAGCUAGUACUCACUCCUUGUAAUUCCAAGCUUCUUGUCUUAGAUAGUUCUGACCACAAUAAUAAUUACCUGAACAUAUGUUGUAUGUAAUUGUUCAUGAGGAAUAUGAUUUGGAUUUGUUGAUAAAAUAUAAUGAAGCAGCUUGCCUGUUUUGCUGGCUAAUCCACAACUUGGUUACAGUAAAGUGCUUGGAUUUAGGUUGAUCAGAAGUUUAUCUCAAAUUGGGCUGUAGAUAAACAGUAGCUUGCCUGCAGUGUGGAGGAGGUAGAAAUGGGAGAAUGUAUGUUGCUCCCCUUCUCCUUGGAUUCAGAGAUGGGCAGAGUUGGGUGGGACUGGAUUCUAUUACAGUUGUACUUUCAAAAUAGUUUGCUUUGGUCUGCUUCAGCAUUUUUGUUAAAACGGUGUUCCAUUGCUAGGUUCUAUAAUAAAUACAUUUUUGAAUAGCAGAUUAAUGUUCAAAACAUUCAGUAACUAAGCCUGUAAUAAACUGCUAUAAUAAUGCCAAUAACACGGAGAGCUGUCUGCUUGGUUUUCAAAGACCAAUAGAGAGCUACUACUGUGAACAGUAACAAGGACUCAACCUGCCAACCUUAAUCUCCUCAUUGGAUAGUAGGUACAAAAGAAAUGCGGCUUGAGACUCAUUUGCUUCUAGAAUCAAUGGUUAACUGGCUACUAGAAAUGGUUGACUGCUAAUCCCAGCCAAAAUAUGUGGACCUUUCCGCUCUACUCAAUCAGGAGAUUUGUUCCUAAUAGCAAACUAGCAACUAGUGAACUCAGCUUUUUCAUUUUUUGAUGUGUAGCAAUCUUACUCCUCCAGUCCAUGACAUGUUUGCCGUCUUCCAUCACAUGACACAUCCUCAAGGCUGUGUGAGACAAAGGAAUGUAGUGAAACCUACUGUGCAUAGUAGCUCCAUAGGUCAUCCUCUUUGCUGGUUGUGCAUUAAUGAGCUAUUUCUGAAAAAACUGGGGAAAUGAAACUUUACACAGUAUUACUAACUUCUGUUUAAUCAACUGAUAUUAUACUCUGCUUCCCCUCGUAGGUGCUUGAUGUGAAAUCAUACAUGUUGCCAAAUAAUUGGAGGAAACACAUUUCAUAAACCUAUCUAAUAUCUGGGAUCUUGGGGUAGCAAGAAGCUUUUUAAUGGUCUCCUCUAUAUCAUGGUUGCACAAUUUCUCCUUUAUGUAGUCAGCAUCUGCAUGUUACUCCACAAUUUUCACCUGAAGGCGUUGCCAAAUCUUCUGUUACAUAGAAUCAUAAUCACUGGGGGAUUUUGCCAUAUCAUUUUAAUAUAACAUCAACAAUGAAUGUUGUAGAAAAGCAUUCUGAUGGGAUGAAAGCAACUAUUUACCGUGCCAAAAUGGACACAUGAGGACUAAGGGCCAAACUAGUCAAGUUCCUGUCUCUUUAAAUAUGGUUGUGUGUGUGUGUUGCGGAGAGAAAAGUGUAGUUAAAAGGCAUAGUUGAUAAAUUGGUGUGGAUUGUAUUUUGGAUUUGCAGUAGAUCUCCUAAUGCAUCAUUUUAUUAUAAGCUGUUUCAUUAUAAGCUGUUUUGAUUGGUAUAAUAAAAGAAAAAAGUGAAGGGUAUACUACUGCUGGCCCUGGAUGCACAAACGGUCAUAUGGAGACACCCCAUAGAAGCUUUUAAAUAGCCUUCCUGGGUUAUUGCCAGGUUGAUUUAACAUUUCUGUUUCAUAUAGCAUUGUAGCCACAUUGUAAUCCCCAAGUGAAGGUCUUUAUCGCUUCUUCUGGGGCAUUUUGAACUUCUUUGCUGUCCAGGCUACUCCUGGAAAAAUGGGAACAGAGCCAUAUCUGGAGUCAUGAAGAACAAGAUACUGGAUAUUCCCAAGGGAGGUGCAUGAGACUUUGUCCUGGAGUGUAGGGACUGGAUGCUAUAUUGCAUGCCCCAGUAUUAUGGCAGCUACUGGCUUCUAUGGGGAAGCUCAGCACACUCUUCUAUGCAUUCAGGGCCACAGGACUGCACCCUUCAUCUUUUCAGCUAUUCACUUAAUCAAAAAGGUUAAUGUUACAGACACAGCAAUAAGAGAGCCAGCAGGAUUUCAGUCACUAUUAUGCUCAGUCCGAAAUAAAACAUCCCAGCUCCUUCAUAUUCAAUCAUAUUAAUGGAGUUCCUGUAUAGAUAGUGUGUGUGUGUGGAGGGGGUGUCUUCUAAAGCUGCUUAUAUAUUAUAGAGUGGGAGUCUGUGAUUGUCCCUGCUAGUGUACUGCAGCCUGUGAAAGUUGUCAGUGAUGUGUCAAACUCUAAUACUUGUAUUGACAGGGUGUGUUUUUUAAUUUAGUUAAUGUAAUAAGAUAAGUAUUGAAAGCAGACUUUCAUUUUGAACUUUGAGAAUGAGCUGCCAGCUUGAUUCUCCUACCCUGAAAUUAAAGAAAGUGAAAAAGAUAGAAAAAGAGCUGAAAUUUAUUGAUGUUUCCCUUUGACCUGUUUUCCUUUGAUCUUGUAUUAUGUUGUACUUAAGCAGCAGAAGUGCAGAGACAUGUUUCAUAUUAAUUGCAGCUUAUGACUGCUCAGUGAAUGUUUCAUAAGUUGGCCAUGCAAUUUUAUCUGUAUAUUAAUUAAUUACUUUAAAACUCUUUUUUAUACAAUUUUGACACUAGCUUUUAUGUUAACUGAAGGAACUUCAAGAGAGUCCCCGAGGGUAUAGGAGGAGAUCAGUACCUUCCAGAUGUACUUUAGAAAGAAACAUCAAAUGAGAGUAAUGAAGUCAGAUUUUUAUACAGUACGCAACAAAGAAAUUGUUUGAAUUGGGAAAGUAACAUUUUGGGAAAAAUCCAGAUGAAAUUACCAGUAAAUAAAUUCUCUUGAAAUCGGAGAAUUCCAAAUGUGAACUACAUGCAUUGAUAAGAUGUGCCUAAUAUUCCCUAGAUUGCACAAUUUGUCUUUUUACCUUCAGAAGUAGCAUGUGAUAUGCAACAAAAAUUCCUUUGCAAUGUAUUUUCACCGCCCUGUAAGAAUUCAGAGCUCCCUAUUCCAGCCAAUCAGCCACACCUUCCUCCAGGACACUAAAGAUUGCCAAUUCACUCUCCCUAUCCCCCACAUUUCUCUAUUUUUCUUUUUAAAGUGACAGUCCACGUUCCUAAAGGCUGAACAUGCUUAGUCCCCCCUGGACUGAUUUGGGAUGAUGGUAACUCAGCCCUUUUUGGUGGUUUCAAAAAUCCCCCCAACGGUAUUAUUUAUUAAAUUUAUAUGUUGUCUAACUUCCAACUAAAACAAGAGUGACAUAAAUACAUUUAAAAAAAUCAAUACAAUAACAUUGAUGCUACAAUGUUGUUAAGUCCUUGCUCUUGUUUCUCACUUCCUAUUUUUUUUUACUGCAAACCUGCUAGCACAAGACUUUGUGUUUACUAUUAGAAGUGAUAUUCUGCCAGCAGGUACUUCUAACACUUGUAAAGUGAGGGAAAGGGAGUUGAAGGAGUGCCUGCAAGCACAAGUGUAGAAGUGGGGUGCUUGCCUGGGUAGGAGGGGCUGUUUUUUUGUUUGAAAUCACCCACCACCACCAUCACCUUACAAGUGCUUGGUGAUUAUCCCUAUCUCAAGGCUGUCAUGUUUAUCAUAAUCCUGAGGCUAUAUCUUCUUAGUGUCCAAAAUUCUAACUCUUAAGUACAUAUCCCAAAUUCUCUAUCAGAAUUAACUAUGCAAAUAAAAUUCUUGACUUAUGUACUGAUCUUUUUGCUUCAUUUAAUUCCUGUCAAUCAGGCAUGUAACCUGAGAGCUGUUUUCAUCUCUCAGACCUACACUUUUUUGUAAGCUUAACACAUUUUUGCUGACCUUGUUGUUUCGUGUAGCUGUAAGAUGAGAUAUUGCGCCCAAUUUCAAAUAUUUCUGAGCACUGUGCUCUAGUAGUGGCCCACUGCUAAGAUCUUAGAGAAGCCCACAUCUGGGAAGGAGAUGCUCUAUUGAGAUGGAUUAAUUACUAUCCCUUCGUCUUAACCACCCUUUUGUGAGUGGUAAAACUGCUUGUAAGAAGUGUGUGGUCUAAGGCAGAGGCUUGUCCCUUAAUAUAGGCAAUAAAAGAUACUGUGGUCACAUUUACUGACCAAUGUGACCACAGAUCGCUUUUCAAGUUAGGCAUGGUUGCUCCAAGAUGCCUUUUGUUUUAAGUACUUCCAGGCUGGGCAAAGCUUUCCUUGGAGACAGGAGCUCCAAAGUGUCAUGAGCAAAAGGUGGGAACUGAUGCUGUAUUCUUUCAGGAAAUAUACUUUAUCCCUAUGUGUGUGCAUGGCAUAAUAUAAGGGCUGGAAUUGCCUUACUCUUUUUCUUACAGAUUCAUAGAGUGACAGUACAUGUUACUUCAGCAAAUACAUUUGCUAGUACUGGGGCUGGGGUAUCCAAAAGGAAGAAUCAAUGGGGGGAAAGGAGUAUUUGAGUCUUCAUUUGCCUGCAUUUCCCCCCCCAUGCAACUUCUACCUCUCAGGCUUUUUCUCUCACUUAUUUCCACAGACUUUCCCUCACUCUUAGAACUGGGGGGCAGGCGGGGGGGGGGAAUGGUCCACUGAAAGGAUUAUGAGUGAGAAUUGUCAGGCGGGAACAUGUUAAGUAAUACUCUCCUGUCCACUGAUUCUCCCCCUGCUAAUAGUGAUGCCCCUCCCCCUCCACUGUGCAUAAGCAUUAUGGGACAGACAUGGAAUUGCGAAUUUUCUAAACGAAAUAAAAAAAGCUAUAAAAUGCUUAACCAGGUUUCCAUUUAUGAUUAUCCAGACAAGGAAUUCUUUAUUUUUACAACCAAUAAAUUUGUGCAAGAGAGAAGGUGCAGGAGAGAAACAUAUUGGAAAGGAUAAACUUUAUUUAGGAUGCCCCCCAAUUUUCUAAAUCAGUUAUAUCUUGAUUAAUGGUGCACUUUUGAAUUUUAACAUCCAGACUUUGUUGUAUGAGGGUCCACAAUUUGUUUUUCAGUGCAGACCCAGCUAUUAAAGUGAAUGAUCAAACAAGACUGGUUUAUUAUUUAACCACAAAAGAAGCAGAGGAAAAGUAGAUCUAGAGUGUAAUCUGUAUACAAAAGAGAUCUGUGUGCUUGUUGAAUUAAUCCCUCGAGCACCUUAUGGUUUGCAGAAUACUCAAGAAAAGAGCAUUUGCACAUUCCUCUGGAAGCACGCUGAAUGUACUUCCACUGCCAGAAGUGGAAGGUUGUUGCCAAGGCGUUAAAUCAGGAUUUCUUUACUGCAUAGAAAGCAGCCAUUAGUUACCUGUUCAUUAACAAAAGAAUGUUAAAAUGUUCAGUAGUAAAAACACUGUUCAAAAUAAAAGUAAGAGGCAAUUUCAAGCUCUCGUCAUAAAAACAUACUAGCAUAAGGGAAACUAAAUAUUAGAUACACAGGUAAAAAACUAAUAUCCUCAUAAUAUUUGGGGAAAGAAAUACAACCUGUUAAUAGAUAUGUGUUAACAUUAGGGCACUAGCUUAAAAUAGGCCAUUGAAAACAUAGCUGCAUAUCCUGAGUGUUGCCCAUCACAUCCAUUGGUGUAUGGGAGCUUUGUUGCAUACUUGGGCCUUCCCUGCCUGCAAUAAUUUAUAAUGGAGGAAUAUACCAUUUCUUUGGAAACACUGAUCUGCUUCUUAUGUUGGAAUGAUUAGAAUGGCUUCCAAGCAAGAGGCCCAAAAGUGUAUUUGAGAAUACAUGAAUCUCUUGAAUUGAUGUACCGUAAUUUGCAGAACGUUCCUGCAGGAAACAUUCCAUAUUUAGCUGUGCUUGAAAUUUCCUCAUAGCCAUUGCAUUUGCUACAGAAUCAUCACCCUGGUUUUCCUUCAAGGAAAGUAAUAUAGAUUACUACUGCUUAUAGGGAAGAACUCUGAAUGAGAACUUGGCUUGAAUGCUGUGGACAGGAUUGCUAAUCGGUGGUAAGACUGUUCCCUAAACAUAAUGCCCCUGCCAUUUUAUUGUUGUCAUAUUCUGUGGCUUACCUCAGACAGAGAUAAAGAAUGCCACAUAUUGAAUUGUUAUUACUACUUCCUGCGGUGCUUUGUUUUUAUUGGAAAUAUGCAUUUAGUCUUAGAAGCAGGCACAGCCUGUUGAGCAGGCUUGACCCAGGCAACUAAAUUUAUGAGAGCUACAUGGAUUUUGCUUGAGGAAAUAUACCCAUCAGUGUGAAAAGGCAAUCUGCAAAAUAUGGUGCUCAAAAUAGUUCCCUGUCCCCCGCCCCUGAGGUAAUUUAUAACUACAGUACAUCUAUUGUAAUUUUUUGAAAAUCUGUUACUAUGUUUUACUUCUCAGAUAGGAGCAGGAGUGUAUGUGUGUAGUCCUUCACCUUUUCCUUACCUGGUAAUUUUACACUCAAAAUCCCCAAGCUCCUCUUUCUACAAUCCAGGGAAAAGAUACCCAUGACCCCAUGGAAAAGCCAGUAGCUUUGAGAGGGGUUUUUUUGUUGUUUGCAGAAAAAUCGUAUUUGGGAGAAAAGGUUUAGGCAGCCUUUCUUCCCAUAAAAGUGCAGUAGAGCAGUAUAGGAAACUUAAUAUAAAAGUAAAGGUAAAGGACCCCUGACAGUUAAGUACAGUUGCGGAUAACUCUGGGGUUGCGGCGCUCAACUCGCUUUACUGGCUGAGGGAGCUGACGUUUGUCCACAGACAGCUUCCGGAUCAUGACUAGGCUGCUUCUGGCGAACCAGAGCAGUGCACAGAAACGCCAUUUACCUUCCCGCUGGAGCAGUACCUAUUUAUCUGUUUGCACCUGAUGUGCUUUUGAACUGCUAGGUUGUCAGUUAAUAUAGGGAUGCUUAAAUAUAUUCUCCUAAGCACUGUGGUCUAAAAAUCACUGAGCCUUGGGCUUGCCAAUCAGAAGCUCAGCGGUUCAAAUCCCUGCAACGGUGUGAGUUCCCAUUGCUCAGUCCCAGCUGCUGCCAACCUAGCAGUUUGAAAGCACACCAAAAAGUGCAAGUAGAUUAAAAGGUACUGCUCCGGCGGGAAGGUAAAUGGCGUUUCUGUGUGCUGCUCUGAGGUUGGUGUUCCGCUGUGCCAGAAGCGGCUCAGUCAUGCUGGCCACAUGACCCAGAAAAACUGUCUGCGGAGUGGACAAAUGCCGGCUCCCUCGGCCUGCAAAGCGAGAUGAGCGCCCCAACCCGAGUCGUUCGCAACUGGACUUAACUGUCAGGGGUCCCUUCACCUUUACCUUUACGCAAUUAAAACAUGCAAGUCUUUAUAGCUGCUUUACAUUAAAAACAAAAACUGCCAGAAGACAUGUCUCCUGUACAGCAUUUAGUUUUUUACCUGUGUGUAUCCGAAAGUGAGGCUAUAGAAAGGCACUGUAGAUCAGAAAUAUCCCUGAGAUGUUUCUGCAAGGUUGGGAGGGUUUAUCUGGAUCAGUGGUAACAAUUUGCUUUGUUUAUUUUUUCUUAGGCAUAAUGUUGCUCUUCAGUAGUUCAACUGGGUGUGUACAGUGACUUGUUUUUUUGUUAAACAGCAGUUCUUCCAAUGUUAUUCAGAGCAUAAAGUUUUCUGAGUGACUUUCAGCCUGUCAUUUUCUCUCAGCCUAACCUGCCUUCCAGGACUGUUGUGAGUGUGAGGUAGGAAAGGGAGAUAUUAUUAAGCUCUGUAGUGAGUGUAUGUUUAGCAGUAUGAGGUAAGCGUGAGUGAAGGUUAGCACCUGAGAUACCAUCUACAACAACUGUAAUUGGAGAGGAAAAGUUUGAUUUAGGAAAUUUCCAAAUUGCAAAAGAAAAUGGAUUGUUAUCAGAUCUGAACUGGAUAAAAACAUUUGAGCAAGCUGCAGAAAAGUUAGCAAAAUCUACCCUUUUCAGUUUUUACAAAUAACCUCUUAUCUAAAUGAGAUCAGGAAAAAUUACCAGCUAGAUAGAGAAAAUACUUACACUGAAACUAUGUUAUAAAAAUCUAUCAAAUGCUCAUAAAAAUAUCAUUGGAGAACAUUACAAAACAUUUAUCAGAAAAACCAAUACAGUGAAGUGGAAAGUGUUUUAUUUUAUAUUCUAUAACUGUCACUAUAUCUAAAGACUGUAGGAUUAUCCAGCUUGUUUUGAAGGUUCAUUUAGCUGCUCAUAUUUAGCUAAUCAGGAAAAUAUCAAGGUAUAUUUUUAUAGUGAUAUGAAGAUAGUUUUAAAAGGACUUGAAGUGCAUUUCAUGUUGUGCCAAGCCAGGAAAAGAAUGGAAAAGUUGGUUUUACAGUGCAAUACAAUUCUGAGCCUCUGGCUACAUUUUCUGUGAAUUACACACUUUGGUAGCUGCAUUAAUUAUAAUAAUGGGUUUAGCCAGAAAGGUGUGCUGUUUCAUCUUUGAUACUGGAUAUGGUAGCAUAAAGUUCAUAUACAAGGGAGUGUCUGCAUUUUGUUUAAAUCAGAAUACUACUCACUUUUCCAAAGCUUGGUUCGUUAGUCUAUAGAUGUAGGGAGAAGGUGGUAGCUGAAUGCAGCCCAUUUAUUACAUACACACAAAUUUAAAACAUGGAUGAGAUAACGAACAAGGAACAAAUAGUACUACUUAAAUGCUUACCAAAGGAGGUUGUGAUCUGAAGCAUAUAUGUUUGGAAGCAACUUCCAUCAGUUAUAAUGCACUUCAAAACAGAAAUGUUUAGAACUGGAAUGCCAAUGUGUAAUAUAUAGUGGUGCUUUAAUUUAGCAGAUUAGGACUCCCUUAGGUGAUUCUAAGCACAUUUCAGAAAAACUAUGACAGCAUCUAUUGCUUGCAUACAAACUGUACUGACAGUAGACCUUUGUAAAACUGCUACCUGGGCAUAGAUCCACAUAUUUAGAAAACAUUUUUCUUUGGCUCCUGUUCAUAUGCCAAAUUUGGAAUAACAAUUUUACAGUCGCCGUUUGCCUUGUACUCCUCAGUCACCAUCUGGAGAGUAUGCUGCUGUUUGAGCCUCCAUCUGUGCGACUAUUAAGAGGUUGUCAAUGAAAGGGGAAAAUUGUUACUGAUAACUGCUCUUUUAAUGAGAGAUAUUCUGUAUACCAUUUCAGAAGCUUCUAAGUUAAAGGUUGCUCAGUUUAAGACUGAGUUGAGAUACGAAGGAGCUGAGAUACUGUAUAAGCACCCAACUCUUCCCUAUAUUUAUUUGCUCUUACACAUGUUUGAAGGUGAAGGGAAUGUUUUCUAAUGGAUAUUCUGAAUUGGCUGUGGUUUCAAGCCGCAGAAGAGUAGUUACAUGUUAGAAAUUGUGAUGGCUAUAAAAUCAUUUUUGAAGACCAAGCAUCAUGUGGUUAGCACAAUUGCUGCAUAAGCACCCAGAACUACUUAUGACUACUGGUCAUUACCUCACUGACCCUUCCCCAUAUUCCUUAGUGACCUACCCACCCACCCAUUUAAAGUGAUACAUCCUGGCUUUCUGGAUUCUUGAAUCUUAAGAGGAACUUCUGCUGGGAAAUCUUUUUAGCAUAUUAAGUGAAGGGGAAUACUCCUUCAUCACUUAACUAUGGGACACUGGUGAACACAGCCUUUUGCUAGAAGCUGGUGCCCCAGAUGCUAGUGAGAAAGCUUUUGAGUUCCCCACAACACUUUUAAAGUUGGAUAUUAAGCAAAACAGCAAUAGUGGGGAGAAGAGAGAACAGCUGGACAUGAUGUAAAUGAUCCUAAGUCUGCAGUCUGUAACAGUCUUAGGACAAAGUGCAGGAGAUGCCACAGAGACAUAAUAAGACCUAGGGGCAAAACAGAUUUCAGGUUGCACCAAGGACAAUUUUGAUGAAGAAGCAACAAUGGCUGUUCCACUAUCUGUAUGUGUAAAGACCAGCAGUUAGUUGGAUCUACUUCCAGCACUCAACUAGUUCUACAGUUUUUGUGUGUAUUGGAGAGCGCCGAAAAUAGUUGACCAAAGCUACUACUGAAAUAUAGAAUUUAGCUUUUGAGCAUUUAAUGGCCUCUAACCAUUAGAUGGCACUACCCAUUUUGGCUUGUAAUGAUUUUUUAGAACAGGGGUCAGCAAACUUUUUCAGCAGGGGCUAGUCCACUGCCCCUCAGACCUUGUGGGGGGCCAGACUGUAUUUUGAAAAAACAACAACAACCCAGAGUGAAUUCCUGUGCCCCACAAAUAACCCAGAGAUGCAUUUUAAAUAAAAGCACACAUUCUGUUCAUGUAAAAACACCAGGCAGGUCCCACAAAUAACCCAGAGAUGCAUUUUAAAUAAAAGGACACAUUCUACUCAUGUAAAAAUACGCUGAUUCCCAGACCAUCCGUGGGCCGGAUUUAGAAAGGGAUUGGGCCGGAUCCGGCCCCCGGGCCUUAGUUUGCCUACCCAUGCUUUAGAAAGUACACCACCUAAAAUUAUUAUCCAGCUCUACUGCUGCUUCGGAGAAUCUCUGUAUGCAGAAAAGGUGCCCAGCACAGUGAAGUGUAUAUUUGUUUUAAAUUGAAGAAUGGGAGUUUCUAUGGAAGAAAGUAAACUAUGGACAUUUAAUCUAUGCAUUUAUAGAAAUAUCUGUGGUUCUAAUUAGUGCUUAAUCAUUAUUAAAGUUUCAUGAACUCUCUGAAACUGAAAACUGAUUACAGUUUCUAAUUUUUCUUUUUCUUUUAAGAAUAAAGAUCCAUGUUUUCAUAAUGAAGUUACAUCCUCUGUUUCACAAAUUGCAACAAAGGUAUAAGCUUAAUAUUGAGAUAUGAAUUCAAACUUGUUUCACACAGUAUUUCCCUUUCCUGGAUAUUUUACAGUGCACCAACUUUUUCUGGGUAGGCUGACAAACAACAUUCCUCUAUUACGUCUUCAAUGAGUCGACUUAAUUGUUUUGGUAUUAGAGUCACAAGCAUUUUGGUCUUUGGUUUUUCAUAUGUUCAUCACAUGGUUUAACAUUUGAAAAAAAUAUGAAUAAAUAAAGAAUCCUAAUAGGAGUUCAUUAAAGCAGUUGCAGCACUGAUUUAUUUUGCCCUUUGAAUCUUAAUUUUAAUGCUUUGAUGUUUAACCUUUGUACUGAAAGAGCUAAGAUUGCUCUGAAUAAAAUUACAUAUGGAUAUGUAGUUAACAGGCUGAUCUUAAACUUCGUAUUUCAACUUCUAGCAGAUUCGCAUGUAGGAAGAAACACAACAGUAGCUAUGAUUUUACAAAACAUUCUAUUAUGGCAGUAAUAGAGAAAUAUUUUGUUGGCAUGACAAGCCGACCUGCAAGAUUGCAGGUACAAAUAUUUCGAGUCCAUGUGUCAGUAUAAUUAAAUAAUACACAGUGAAAGGUCAAAUUAAGUGUGUGCAAGUAAAAAUUUGACAUUUUCUGACUUUCAGAUGAUUAAUCUUACAGUGUAUUUAUUAUUAUUAUUUUAAGUAUAAUUUUUCUUCUUUUCAAAAUUAGAAAUGAUAGAAUUGCAAUGCUUUCUUUCCUCUCCACUCAUGAGAUUCAUGAAUCACCAGCUGGUGUCUUUUUUACAGUCUUAAUUAUAACAUUUACUGCCUGAAAGUACUGAAAUAAUUAACACUCGAGACUGGGAUUACACAACAAGGUUCUUGUAAUAAUGUAACUUUUACAUAAUGUGGUGUUAUAUGAGCAUGGCUGCUGCCUUCCAUUUCUGAUUCUUCAAAGUGCUCUGUUCUAGUGGCACAUCACCUGAACACCUGAAUGCCCACUUUAGGCUGCAGAUCAUUUGCAUGCCCAACAAAGUCAGACUGAGAGUGUAUCUUUCCACAAUACCUCCCACUUCUGAAACCUUUAUUUUUAAGCUUACGCUUCUUUUUUUUAAAAGUGUUUAGCAAUUCACAAUAAAAGCCACAAAAGGAUAUGGAAUGUCUCCCAUUCUUCCCUACUUCCUGUCUUCCAUACGCAUUCCUUUGAAAUGUGUUAUUCUUAGGUGUUCUCAAAGUAGUGCUUUUCCUUUUGUUCUGAAGUUUGAAUGAGGCCUCUAGGUGUUUGUAUUCUGUUAUUAUUCUGAAAUGCUGCCAAUUUCCCCCUUAGAUUAAAACAAGACUCAGAUUUUUACCAAUUCAUUAUUCACAGGAAUGUCUUGAGGACACAUAUUGUCAUUUCCAGAGACCUUAAACCUAGCGAAUUGUCAAGUCUUCUCCUUGAAGCAGUUUUCUUAGGUGCCAGACCUAUGGACAUGAUUUUGUGAGAAGCAUGAUAGUUAGUGUGGAAACUGCAGUGUCACAAAUAGUGGCCAAGGCCCUUUAAAAAGAAUAUGUAAGUUCACGUUCUGUGUAUGAGGAUAUGGGGCACAGCUGCUAUAUCAGAGUUUCAUUCUUAACUCAGUGAAACAUGGUUUGUUUCUCUAGCACAUGUUGUUUGCCUUUUGUAGGUAGAAGAAGCCUAUUCAUUGUAAGAAGUGGCACUUGUGUGACUUGGAUCUGACUAGAACAUUUCUUAAGAAGAAGCUUUCUCAGAAUCUCAAGGCAGACUGCAUGAGCUAAUCACUGUAAAUCAAGUGCGACAAUAUGUUCAAACCCUGUCAAAUGGUUUAAUAUUAAUGAAGAGCUUAGGCCAAUCAGUCUGAUCUCUAUGUCUGACACAUUGGUGCUUGACCUCAGGAUGCAGUCAGUGAUCUAGAGUUUCCUCCUGAAGGACACCUCACUGUAAGGUGGAGUUCAAGUUGAGAUUUGAGAUUCAGACUGCGAGAAUGAGUGAACAGGAUAUAUAUGGCCACAUGUUACCCAUUGGCUGUCUGAUGCAGAUGAAUUAAGGUAGGCUAGCAAUGGUUUUCAGUUAGUGGGUCACAACAGCAGUACUGCCACCAUCCAAAUAGACAGUAAAUAAUAAUAAUAAUAAUAAUAAUAAUAAUAAUAAUAAUAAUAAUAAAUUAUUUUACCCUUCCUAUCUGACUGGGUUGCCCCAGCCACUUUGGAUGCCUUCAAACAUAUAUGAAAACAUAAUAAAGCAUUACAUAUUAAAAGUCCACAAAUACAUUUGGGGCCACAAAUUUGGGUCUAUAAAUAUAUGUUUAGGUUAGAGGUGGGUCCCAGGUCAGGAAAGCUUGAAGGGCUUAUCCUAGUAACAGCCCUUUCCCCAGCCAGGAAGGCAAUACUUUCUCACCAGCAACAUGUAUGCAAGUCUGCCUGUCCCCUUGUUUUGAAUUACUUCUUUUUCCUUGUUGUUUUCUACAGAAUGUUUUUGCUGGCAUUUCAACAUCAAAUUAUCCUAGCUUUCUUCUUGUUUUGCAGCUUGUAACUUAUGACACUGAAAAAAUAUGACACCUUGUUGUGGCCCAGGACUUGUAAACAUUUCCACAGACGUGAUCUAGAUUUUAGUCUGGCAUGCUUCCAGGAAACAAGAUAAUCCACAUACCUGCUCAAUAGAAGAGGGAUUUUUUGGGGGGGGGGUCACAGUAGGGAUUGCUAUAGAAGAUAUGCUAGACCAAAGGUAAAGAGUGUUGUAAUUGAGGGGAGGAGUUUGUUAGUAACAGGUAAAAGUACCUACAAUAGAAGAGUUUUGUAUUCAGGAGAGAAAUGAGCAGUGUCGGUGAAUGCUGAAUCCUAAGUAUGCUGGUAAGAAUUGAUUUAUUUAGGAAUAGAACUUCAGUUGGAGACUAAGUAUGAGUCUCUGUCUGUCUGUCUCUUUCUCGUUUUCUUACUGGAAUUCUACCAAAAUAAUGUAUGUUUUCAAGGAUCCUUGGGCUACAAUUUUAUACUCACUUACCUGGGAGUGAGCUCCAUUGAACUCAGUGAGACUUACUUCUCUCUAUGUGUGAUUGCAUUGUUAAUCUGAGGUGAAAUAGUUGAAAUAGCUGUUUCCUUUUGUGGCACAGAAAAAAUGAAUUCUGUAUUUAUCCAGUGAUGAAAGGAGGAAGGACAACUUCACUACCCAAGAGAAUGGGAAUCAGUUGAAAAGUAGAAGUUGCUUUUUCCAUUCAGCCAUUGCUAGGCUGGUCCAGGUGCAUGGUUGUGUUGAAAAGAAGGAUUUGAUGCCAAAGCAUUUUAUGUUUUGAGUAUAUCGCUACAAGAAUAUAUCUGGGAGAGCUACAACCCUAGGCAAAAAAAGGCACACAUUCUAUUAAGUGAUAAAUCUGUGUUCCAGAGUCAUACGAGUAACAUCUAAAACAGCAGAAGCACAUCACAAUUAUAACACUUCAGAGCCUGUCCAUAUUGUAUUUGCAGAGUUGACAGUCUUUAAGUUUAAUGUUACUAAGUCUUCGUUACCUUAGUUUGGUAUCAAGGGAAAGAAAUGCGUCUAGUUCCAGCUCUGCAUUGUUAUAGCCAAACUAAGCCUUGAUAAAACAGGCCUAGUUCAAUAAUAACGGAGUCUCUUGUCAGUUGUGGUUUUUCUUUUCUCCAUAGAACAAGAUUCUUACUAGUAUUUCCAUAAUUAUUUAUUUAAUAUUUGUUUUUCAAGUCCCAGGAACAAUACUGAAAACUUAUGCUCGAGUUACAUAAAAGAAUGGAGGCACGCUCCGGUACAUGCCAAAUGGCUAUUGCAGAGGCAGUUCAGGAUCCGUCCAUUGUUCCCAUUACAGUUCUGCUAAACUGAUUAAACAUUAAGCAAUCCAACAUGGCUGUAGUGAGGGAGAAAUUACUCUUUUUGCACCCCUGGAUAACACUAUCUUUUGUGAUCUUUUUAUUCAUGUGGCUUCAGUGAGGCUCCAAUGGACAUUGCUCGGGCUUGGAGGAUAAUAUUUUUUAGAAAUAGAGAGAGAAUUGAUUGAGGUUUUGAACAAAAACUGUGCUCAGCAGGGGCUCAAAAAUGUUAAGGAUUGUGAGGCCCAUUGAUUUAGAUAGCAGCGACAUAAGCAUGCUUUAAUUUUCUCAUUAGCACCAGAGCAACUUAAAACACUUCGGUUGAAUCACGCCAUAGAAGUUUUUGUAAUAAUAAACAACAAUUUCAUAACAUUAUACUCACAUUCAUUAAUCUGGAAUAACUACCAUAUUAUCUCUCCAUGGCAGAGAGUGCCUAUCAGCAACUUCAGCUGGUACAUCAACUGCACCCUUUCAUAGACAGGGAUAGCUAAGCCACUAUGAUACCUGCACUAUUAACCUCAUGUUUAGACUACUAUAACAUGCUCUAUGCAGGGCUUCCCUUAAAGUUAGUUUGGAGGUUGCAGCUGGUUCAGAAUGCCACAACCUGAGUGGUGGGUGGUAUCCCUUUUGGGGCACAGAUCAUACUCAUAGGAAGGGAUCUUCACAGGCUAAAUUUAAGGUCUUGCUGCUUACUUAUAAAUUCUUAAACAACUCUGGAUUAGGUUACCUGAAAAACUAGUUCCCCUCCAUUGCGCUAUAGGAGCAUUAAGAUAAUCAAACAGAACCCAUUUUGUCUUGCUAUGGCCUGAUGAUAACUGACUUGUGGUGAUGUGGAGGCAACCUAUUCGCUGGUGGUGCCAGUGUUAUGGAAUGUAGUCCCCACUGAAAUAUAGGAGGCCCCAAAUGUAUUUACAUUCCACCAACUGUUAAAGAUCCACCUGUUUAGAUGGGCCUUCCCUUGAUCUCCCAACUUGAGUCUUCUGUUUUAAUGACUAGGUUCUUUUAAUUGGAUUUUUAUUGUGCAUUUUAAUUAUGAAUAGUUAUAUUUUAAUGCUUGUGUAAUCAGUUUUUAAACAACUUUGAAGCCUAUUUUGCCCCAUGAUGUACAAAAUUCAUCUGUAAAUACUUCCAAAUAUUGGUUAUAAAGAUGUUGAUUCUUAACAUACAGAAUCCGAAAGUGCUAGCUGGUGCAUUAAGCUAUACCGCCCAUCUUUAUAAGAUAAUCAUUGCAGCGUCACUGGCUGCAUUGUUGCCCCUGUGUUUCGCAAGGUGACAUCCCCCAUUCUUGAAGAAAGGCGAGGCUCGGAGCAGCUCUGUACUAGGCUCACCUUGAAGUAAUUGUUCCAGCCUCUCGUGGCUGUCAUAUUGUAUGGCUGCCACAAACAAAUAUCGUGCAUAUCUGGAUCCAUUCCAGUCCGGCUUCUGCACUGGUCAUGGGACCGAGACGGCUCUGGUCGCCCUAACAGAUGAUCUCCGCAGGCAGCUGGAUCGAGGCGGGUCAGGGCUGCUGAUUCUUCUAGACCUGUCAGCAGCCUUCGACAUGGUCGAUCACGAACUCCUGGACCACCGCCUUGCCGACGUGGGGAUCCAGGGCACAGUCUUCAAUGGCUGCGCUCGUUUCUCUCUGGUCGGGGACAGAGGGUGGCGCUUGGGGGGGAAUUGUCAUCGCACCACUCCUUGGUGUGUGGAGUGCCUCAGGGUGCGAUACUCUCCCCGAUGCUUUUUAACAUCUUUAUGCGCCCCCUCGACCAGCUUGUCCGGAGUUUUGGGCUGGGUUGCCAUCAGUAUGCCGAUGACACCCAACUCUUAUCUGUUGAUGGAUGGCCAUCCUGACUCGGCCCCAAACACACUGACCAGAUGUUUGGAAGCUGUGGCUGGAUGGUUACGUGGAAGCCGGUUGAAGUUAAAUCCUUCGAAGACAGAGGUCCUCUGGCUGGGACGGGACGAUAUGGGAUUGGGGGGGCAACUCCCAUCUCUUGCGGGGUGCAAUUAGUGCCAGCACCGUCCGUUAAGAGUUUGGGUGUAAUCUUCGAUACCUCCCUCUCUAUGGAGGCGCAGAUUACAGCUAUAACAAAGGCGGCAUUUUUUCAUCUCCGCCAAGCUAAGCAGUUGGCCCCUUAUCUCUCUCGCCCUGACCUAGCCACUGUGAUCCACGCAACGGUCACCUCCAGACUGGAUUAUUGUAACUUGCUCUACGUGGGGCUGCCCUUGAGACUGACCCAGAAACUCCAGCGGGUGCAGAAUGCCGCGGCGAGACUCCUUAUGGGGUCUUCGCUGCGAGAUCACAUUCAUCCGGUACUAUACCAGCUGCACUGGCUCCCGGUGGAGUACAGGAUCAGGUUUAAGGUGCUGGUUUUAACCUUUAAAGCCCUAUACGGCCUAGGACCCUCGUACCUACGGGACCGCCUCUCCUGGUAUGCCCCACAGAGGAACCUACGGUCUGCAAAUAAAAACAUCCUGAAGGUCCCAGGCCUCAGAGAGGUUAGGCUGGCCUCAACUAGAGCCAGGGCUUUCUCGGCUGCGGCUCCAAUCUGGUGGAACGCUCUGUCACAAGAGACUAGGGCCCUGCGGGACCUGACAUCUUUCCGCAGGGCCUGCAAGACAGAGUUGUUCCACCAGGCCUUUGCUCAGGGCCCAGCCUGACUCCCUCCUCUGGCAACCUGCACAGAAUUUUGCUUAAAGGUUGCCAUUAAUUUGAUUUUAAUUAAUUUUUAUAAUGAAAUGUUUUAGAAUGUUGGAUUAUUUGAUUGUUUGAUUAUUUGAUUGUUGUUAGCCGCCCUGAGCCCGGCUUCGGCUGGGGAGGGCGGGAUAUAAAUAAAAUUUAUUAUUAUUAUUAUUAUUAUUAUUAUUAUUAUUAUUAUUAGCUGUGUCAUGGGCAGAAGGGUGGGGGGGGAGCAGGAUUUCCAAAUCAACACAGUUAAAACUUCUCUCCUUUUGCAAACAGGAGCAGGUGGCUCUUCCUUAAGCUGCUUCAACGCCUAGUUCAACAGUGGCCACCAAGCUCAGAGUAACUCUGCAAGAGAUUAUGAGCCCCCUGCUAGACAACCUUUGAAAGAAUGUCAGUGUGAAGCAAUAUUCUGGGAAGGCAGUCAUCUAACAGGUUCAGCCUAUUGCCUACUUUGUUUGUUUCUACCCUCUCCUGGAAGCUGUAACCCUGGAAACUAGUAAUUGUGAACUGGACUAAGUAUUUUUGUCAUCCCUCCCCAGAGGCUAUGCUCAGCCCAAGGACUGAGCAAAAACCUAAUACCACCCCUUUAAGGUGGGGCUUUGUAAAAUCUAGUUCCAUGAGACUUUCUAGCUCAUUUAAAACUGUGGUCAAGAUUUUACAUAGGCCUACAACAAUAAUAAAUUACGUAGCUGAAAUCACUGGCAGUAUAUGAUAAUAAAUCCUUGAGAAUUGUUACUUUUGUGUUGUCUGUGAUUUUACUAUAUUUACAAAGUCAGACCUAUUAAUAGUAUUUAUAAACCAUAUUUCACCCAAAGGUCCCAGGGAAGCAUACACACACAUAUUUAUAGCCAAAUAGUAUGUCAGCUGAAAUCAAAAUAAACAAAUCGCUAUACAAUUUCAGAGAGAGAGAGAAAGAGAGUUAGUUGGCAGUGGGAACUAGAAACAACAUAUUUACAGGGAUAACCAUACUUCACCUUUCAUAAAGGCUGGGCAAAGAGAUGUAUCUUCAUCUGAUGCUGGAAGGAGAAUACUUUUGAAGCAUGACGCACCUCAGAGUGGCACAUCUUAAUAUAUGAUGAGGACAAUAGGGGAAAAGGUGUGAAUACAGCUAUUUGUGGCUUAAGAUUUUAGGAUAUCAUUAGUGCUUUGAAUUGGGCCUGGAUGAUAAUUGGCAACUUACGCACACUAGCCAUUAUCAAGAGAUACAUGCGGUGUAUGAUGCAACGGAGAUCUCAUUGGAUGAUUUGCCUCUAGCCAUAGGAGCCAACUCCAGUGGGCUGUGAGUGCUUGGGCACACCCACAAUAAUAUAAUUGUAGGGGCCGGGCACCCCCAAGGUCAAUCAGAGAGGCAGCCAGCCAGCCUCUGCUGCACUCCCUCCGAGAGAGCAGUUCAGCACUGCCCUCGACAGCCAGCCAGUGAGUUACCCUUUUCUGGGGGAAGGCUCAGAUGUGGGGGCAGAGUCUCUCUGCCUCUGAGUCUGAGCCCUCUCCAGAGAAAAGGGUGUCUUGCUGGUUGUGGAGAGAAGAAGAGAUGCCACCGGCAGCUGCAACACAGGUGUGUGACGUCACAUGCACAUGCCUACACGUAGCCCCCCCUCCCUCCAAAAACGCAAUGCAGUGUUGUGUGUCGUGCGUGUGAUAUCACAUGCACUAGUGUGUGUGACAUCGAACGUCUGUGAUACAGCGGCGGGCACCCACAAUCCUGAGGGUGAGAUGGUGCCCCUGCCUCUAGCUGCCCAUUGUAAUGCAGAUUUAUGUUCGCUCUGUACAUGCAGUUUCAUUCAAAAGAAACCUGUUUUGGUAUGUGGAUCUCUUUUCAGGAGCAAUUUUUAGUCAAAUUUCCAUUCCAUUGUAUCUAAUCAGCUAAAACGAGUAUCUGUUUUCAAAAAGGCUUUGAGUCUCUAAACCAUCAUAAAUAAUUUAAAGAUAGAAUCCUGAGCACGUGAUGUAAAUGGAGAUAAAUGAUUCUUAACAGAACUGAUUUAUAUUUACAGUAAUUUUUUAAGAAAACAUAUCUUAAAAAAGCUUUCUACUUUUGGAAACACAUAUGGCAACCUUACGAAAAAUAGACUAGGAUUCUAUUACAGUGGUACCUUGGGUUACAAACUUGAUUCGUUCAGGAGGUCCGUUCUUAACCCAAAACUGUUCUUAACCUGAGGUGCACGUUCGCUAAUGGAGCCUGCCGCUGCUGCUGCGCCACCGCGGUGCAAUUUUCGUAAUCAUCCUGGGGCAAAGUUUGCAACUCGGGGUACUACUUCCGGGCUAGCAGAGUUUGUAGCCUGAAGUGUUUGUAUGCCCGAAGCGUUUGUAACCUGAUGUACCACUGUAUCUUUGUUUGAAACUCAUAGGCUGUUAUGGAGGGAGUACAGUUUUUUGUUCCAUUACGAUCUUCAGUUCCUUUCCCCAGUUUUUAAUUAAUUACUAAAUAAGAAGUUUCUUAAGUCUAGGAAGCACCUUUAGAUGCUUGCAGGUUGAAAAUCUGUUUAUUUUUCAUUGUUGCUUCACAUCAUGAAUUCAGACUGUUCUUCCUAGGAUUUCAUUAUGCAUUUGGUGUUCAGAACAUCUAUAAAUUAUUCUGAGCUAAUGAUCUUGUAUCAACACAACAAAAAUUGCAUUCAGGGAUGUCUUACCCAUUGGGGUUAAUGGCACCCUGCACCACGGUGCCUGCCCAUCAGGGGUGCCCAGCAGCGGGAGUCCAAGACUGACCAGGAACAGCUGUGAGGGCAUGCUGGGCGGCGGCGGCGGGUCUUCCUACAGCCCGCCGCGCUCUCUCACUUCCUGCCUGGGAGAGGAGGCAGCGGUGGCGCAAAGCUACGUGGUGCCCUUCUCCCUCCUGCCCCCCCUCCCGCGGCAGUAGCGGGACUGCUGAGGACGCCCGCAUGGCAAGCGAGCCUUGAGCUGCCCAUCGCAGGGGGCAGGGAGGGGGCGUGCCGAGAACGUCACCCCCCCCACCCCUUCCGUCGAGGAAAAAGGUGGAGGAGGGAUACAUUCAGAUUUGGGGUGGUGGGAGGGGAAAGCUGAGGGGGGGCACACUACCAUUAGGACUCAGUUCAGAGGUAAGGAUGGACUUGAGAGCGUGUUCUCCAUGCAGUUAGUGAUUAAAAACAAACAAAACACCAAGAAAAAGUGGGCUUUAAGGUCCUAUUAGAUUCAGCAGGUAAGUGCAGUUAGGGCUGCAGCCUUUGUGACCCAAGUUUUGGGUUCCUUUUAGGUUCAGGAUGUCACUGCUUUACACCCACCCCCACAAUAUUUGAUAACGUCAGCUUUGUACUUAAACACAAAUUGGCUGGGAACUUCAUUCUCUGUGUCUUCAUCAAUUUAUUUAAAGAACAAACUGGUGAUUGCUUUAACUUUUUGAUAUGUGGUGAUCUGAAUCAUGAGGAUGAAUUAGAAGAACUUAUGCGUCUUGAAUGAGUCUUGCUUUGGAAUUGAGGACUUCAUUAGAUUUUCUUUUGCCUUUUCAUUUUAUUUUGUUCUAAGGGCUUGUUGUUAGAGUUAAUGUGUAAGCUUGGUGUCAGCUCCCUAAAAAAAAGUCAACAACUUUGGGGUCCCCCCCCUUAAAAAAGGUUGACAACUCUGGCAAACGGGGGGGGGGGGGGACACUGGAGGGAUCUUUGCACCAUGGCGCCGGAUAUGCUUAAGACGUCCCUGAUCGCAUUGCAACCCUAUUUCUUUGGAGAUACCAGAGUUCUAUUCUGAAAUGUUCUUCUGUAAUAUUCUGAAUAUUAAUGACCUAUAUUUGAUAUUCUUCAUUUCACAAUAUUCCCCAAUCUUACUAUUUGAUUCACUGCAUUGUUUGUGUGGGAUCUUUUCCUUCCAAAUGACAGUCACCUCUGUUUCUGUCUCCUAUCUCGAACAAAAUGCUUUCAGGGAAGGUUUGUCAUGCACAUGUUAUAACUUGAGCAGCGCAUUUGGAUUUAUUUAUUUUUUUAGCUGAUGUACCUUAUGAUUCAGGGCCUCUUGAUUUCACUGCUGAUACAAGUAGAAUCAAAAUUGUCAUCCUCAUCUGUUUUCCUUUAACAGUGACACAUAGCUGUUCAUAUUUCUUGUUUCACAAGCUGUGCUUAUUAAAUUACAAUUACUUGAUGGCAGAAGAUUAUUUUGGGGAGCUGGGAAGUUGGCUACUGAAAGUGUAGAAACCUGCUCCAAGAAGCUGUGUGAAGUUGAAAAAUAAGAAGACAAAAUGGCCUCUCAAGAAUCUUCAGUUAGACUUUCACUACACAAUCAGUUCAAGCACACUUGUGAAAGAUCAGUCAUGAAAACAAUAUAAUGUAUUAUACUUGCUCAUCUACUACUUCUACUACUUCUGCUACUACUAGUAAUAGUAAUGAUGAUAUUGCUUCAUAAGGCUGAAAUUAUAUAGUGUAGCAUUGAAUUAUUUGAACAUUCAGGGGAAAUAAGUCAAUUUAAAUUAAGUUUUACAUUUGGAUUUUAAAAGGCUCCCAUAGUGUACUCUAGGGGGCACCAGAAUAGCACCCAUGAGAGUGCGUGUUAAUUCCUUAAAUAGCACCCACAUAUUAUUUAAGUAUUCCCUUAGAAAUCUACAAUGCAUGGGAUAUUAUUUGCUCUUCCUACUCAGUUCCCGUUUACACUGGUUUAGUAAUCUCCUACACUGCAUCCCUAUUCCUGAAACAUAGCCACAUUUCAUUGAAUUCCAGGAUUGGAUGUGCACCUUUCCUUCCCCAUUCUGGACAGAGGGGAGGUGCAAAUAGCUUCUCUGUGUGAGCAAAUGCAGUUGUUCCUUUCUCCCAUUGAUGGUGGUAGGGCAUACAAGUACCAUUUUUGUGGCCCUGUCUCUUUCUCUGCUCUUUUAGAUGUGCAGCUAUUAUGUGUUAUGCCACAAUCCCAUGGCAGCAAUUAUGCAACUGGCAUUGGCACCACUCUCAGGAAAUUUCAAAUAUGUCCACUAGCCCUCCAAAGGUUGGUGAACAGUGUUUGAAUGGGCCAUGAGCAGCAGUCUGAAGAGACUCAGAAGCUGAGAACUAGGAGCCAGAACCAAAGGGCAAUCAGGAUCUUAAGGCAACUAGGAGGAAGGGCUGGAGAACAAGCUUAGAGCCAGGAUGAAGGAGCAAGACCAGAUAGAGUUCAUGAACGCCUUGUUGCUCUAAGCAAAGCCCAGCUUGGGGGGGGGGACUAGUUCUUUAUAAACCUUUCUAGCCUGCAGGAGACAAUGGCCAACCUGAGCAGGUAGAGCCAGACCAGAACUGGAAAGUUCCUACUUGAGAGGCUGCAGUUACGUGGCUCAUCUCAUGGGGCAGUGCUCAGCAGUUCCUAAAAGUGGCCAUGGAUGUUGACUCUUUGGCAAGGACAGGUGACAGUAGAAUGGAAUGGGAGUAUGGAUGGCUGACUUGGAACAGUAGAAGGAGCACUCCACAUGGCAACAUGUUUAAAACAGCACAACCUAUAUGCUAGAGUAAGGUAUAAACAAGCAUGGGGGAACCUUGAGGUUUGCGGAAGUAAAAAAUAUCUUUAGAGCAUGCCCCUCCCCCAAGCUAAGCAGACCAAUAAAGACUGAGUGUACUUAAUGGACAAAGAAUGCUGGUAGAAUGGAGCUACUUAAAUCCUGCACAGCAGCAUACCACACACACGGUUUGGUUGCACACCCAAUUGGUUGCUUCCUGUUAAUAGUUCACAGCAGAGGAACCUCUUGGUAUGCCCCAUUUGCCUCAGUGUAGAAGGCAACCAAGCUUGAGGUGAAUUUCAGUGUGCAUUCAGUAACCUUAGCCGUAAAGGCAACAAAUUUGAUGUUUUAUGUCAUCAGCCAAGUAGGGGUGAACAGAACCAAGUGGUUCCCCUCCAGAAAAUUCAUGCCACUGCAUGGAAUGGAUUGCAGAACAGCUAGAAUGGAUUCUGUAGUUAAUUUAAGGCAUGCAUCAAGAGCCCUAGCUGGCCUACUCCAGGAGGCUAUGUUGCAAGGUAAGCCAAGUACGGUGAAAAGAUGCUUUCAUACUCUAGCCAUAAUCAGGGCAAGCAAAAAGGUCUCAGUGCUCCAUACAGGGUGGUAGCAUUUUUGAAAUGUGCCACAAUAUUUCUCCAAAUAUCAGUGAUUGCUGUGACUAUUCAUUGGCUAUAAAGACUGAAAUGUGGGAGCCAGCUGAUUUCUCUCAGAACUCACGAACAGGUUAGGCCCAUUUUGCUUUGCACCUUGGGUUCUACAAGGGCUAGAGACUUCCUAUUUUUUAAAAAAAAGAAAGCUGGGAAUCUGGAAUGGCUAUUCUCUCAGGCUCCUCUGUCAUACUGUCUUCUAGACCAAACAAAAAAGGAACCUAUCCCACUGUAAAAGCUUUCUUAUUGUAAAAUAAUCUGGUAAUUUCCACUACCUCAAGCGAGUUCUCUUAUCAGCAAAGGUGAUCAGCUCUAAAGACAAUUGAGAAUUCCUUGGUUUCAUUACAGUAGGCAGCAUUCUAUAGCCUUCUUUUAUAACAACACUUUCAACCUGAUAAUAUCGGUGAACAGAUUAGCAAAUGAGUGGCAAUAGGCUUUAACUCAGUAAGAAACUUUUAAACAUUUGGUUAACAGGUGGGUUUUUAUUUUUUUUUACUUUAAAAAAUGGAGGAGCAGCUGAUGUAAUUUCUUCAUUCCAGCAGUCAUAGGUGCAACCUGAAACCUACAUACCAACUAGAAGAGCCUAACUUAAAUGUCUCCUACCUCCCACCUUCCAUUUUAAGACUGCAACUAAAUACAGCCUCCAUGCUUUCAACACCAGAGGUUUUCUCCCCUUCCCUGCUUUAUUUUGCCAGCUAUCCCGAUAAAGAGUUAUCAAGAACUCAAAAACUUCUACAUUAUUCUGUGACAUCUUGGUUGUUCUGAUACGUGUAUUAACCUAAUGUGGAUUUUGGAACUAUGCAUUUAAAUAUCCACAUUAUGGAUCAAAAUGAAGACAUAAUUCUUUAAGGCAAAGAAAUGAAUCAAAAAUAUUCAUAGCUAAUUCCUGAUUAGUGUUGGAGAGUUAAACACGCAUAUUUAACAUUUCAAAGUCCCAUCAUUUGAGUUAGUAGCCAAGGCUCUCUUGCAUUCUCCCUGGGUCACAACUGGUGGAGCAGAGAGAAUAGACAAAAAUCCCCUUUGAGAGCAGGAAUCCUAAUGAGGGUUCAUGUUUGGCAGUUGUUCAGUUUUAAUGCAAAGUUACUUUAGAGAUCUAACAUGCUGACAUUAUUGUUCUGCCAGGAUUGUGCAGCACGUACUAUUAUACUGUACAUAUGCAUUAAACCAUAAUUUAUUUUUAACUAUGGUUUAAUGUGCCAUUUUCUACAGCGGUGUUGUAUAUUGUAAAUGGCAUUUCCAUGCGCUCUGGCUUCCGUCACGGUGUUCCAUUGUGCCAGAAGCGGUUUAGUCAUGUUGGCCACAUAACCCAGAAAGCUGUCUGCAGACAAACGCUGGCUCCCUCAGCCUGAGGCGAGAUGAGCACCGCACCCCAUAGUUGCCUUUGACUGGACUUAACUGUCCAGGGGUCCUUUACCUACCUUAUAUUUUGCAUACAUUAAAUUUUACCUUUACCUACCUUAUAGUUUGCAUACAUUAAAUUUUACCUUUACCUACCUUAUAUUUUGCAUACAUUAAAUUAAUUUGUAAAACUCUCAUUUUUAGGUUCAAGGAGCAGGUUUUCGAGGUUGGAAGGAAGUAACAUCCAUAUUUAAUAAGGAUGAUGAACAACAGUUACUUACAGGAUGUAAAUCUCCAAAAUCUAAAGGGUAUGUAUAAUGGGGAGUGGGAAGUGAUAUAAAUAUGGAGUAAAUUAUGGAAGUACCAAGGCUGCUAGAGGUGUUAAGGCUAGAAUCAAGAUAAUCAGGUAAAAAAACAAUUUAAAGUUUAGAAGGCAAGAGAGUUCUUACGUCACAUUUAUAUUAUUUUUCAGCUUGUAAGAUUCUGUUUAAGUUAAGGAUCCACAUGGGGCAGAAAAAGCAGUUAUUGUAGACAAUCUACUGAAGUGCAGUGGGAUUUUUUAAAAACAGUUGGGUGGAAGCAAAGUACAUAAUCUUCUUUGAGGGCCAUCAGUACAAGUCAGUCUUUGUCUUUCAACCAUCUGAUGCAAAUUCUGUAAGUUUCAAUUGAAACAGUAUGCUCAUUAUGGUAUCAAAUAGAGGAGCAGAUAAGCCCAAAAUGACAGACACAUGUGCAUUGCCUACCUUACCUUUCACACACAGAUCAUCAACACUAUUCCUUGUAAGACUUAUGCUGGUUGCACAUAGGAAUCUACAGCUUCUCUUUCUUAUUUGGGAGAAAGGGUAGGAUACAAGUUUAAUACAUAAUAAUGUAUUCCGUUCUGAUAAAUUCUGUAUUAUUUUAUUCUCUGUUUAGCCAUUUUUCUAGAGUAGAAAUGUAAAACGUUUAAAUAAAAAUACAUUUCUAGUGAGACUUGAUCAGUUAUACAAGGAUAACGACAAAAUUGUUCUGGUCUUCCUCUGUCUUAAAAGUAAAUAUGUCAAACUUUCUUCCCCUAAAAUGUGUUCCAAUAAGAACAAAUUUUUAUUGUUCCCUAGAACAAGCUUAAAAUUAAAAGAGGAUGUGAAAUCCGAAAAGAAAGCUGGAUUUUGGGACAGUUUGGUGAUAAAACAGAACAUCCAGUCCAGGAAGCCAGACGAAAUUGAAGGAUGGGAGCCACCACAGAUCCCUGCCAGUGAUAACCUCAGCGACACUGGAAGUACUCUGAGUGACUAUCCAUCUUGGUCAGGUUGGGAAGACGAAACCAAAGGCUCCACAAAAUACACCAACCUGGCAAGCUCAGGAAAUACGUCAAGAUGGAGCAUCAGAUCAGCUGGAAGGUUGGUUAGCAUAAGGCGACAAAGCAAAGGCAACCUUACUGAUAACUGGGAAGAACUAGAAUGACAUACAAAAUGUGAAAUGUUCUAUAAGUGAUGAUAAGCGAGAUGGUUAUGUAUAUCUUCAAACCAAAAUCAAAACUGCUUAAUAUUGCACCUUUACAGAAGAGUAUUCAAAUUGUCCAACCAUCUGCUCACCUUAUCCUAUGUUUCUUAGUUCUUCCGUUUUCCAUAUUGAAUGAAGUCGAGCACCUACUUUGUGCCUAUAUUUCACACAUAUUCUAUAGCACCUUGGCUCGCUUUUUUAAAAAACAAAACAAACCCCCCACAAUUUAAUGAAUGUAUACACUGGUUGAAUAUUUGACUGCCUUACAUAAGAACUUCUAUAGUUUGAAGUUCUCUCUUUCCUAGUUUUCAGACAUCAAAGAUCUAUAUUUUGAAUGCUGACCCUGUUGUGUAAAAGUGCUGAUUUGCCGUUUGACACUGCAUUGUUUCAGCUUGAUACAUUGCUUUCUUUGUCCUGAACAUGAACACAUGAUUCUCAGGCUGGAACGUCGAAGAUCCUGCAUUUCCCCUAAAGUCCUGAAUUGCACAUGACUUGUAAGAACCCCACACAUACGUGUUUCUUCUUCCGUUACAAAAUCUUCGCUGAUGAAUUUCAGGCUUCCUUGUAUUAUGUUGAUUAAUCAAUAAUACGGCUAAAACAGGUUUGCAAUCAUCCCAAACCACAUAACCACAGAUGAAUGAGGUGACCGCUAAGAUCUGAUUUAUGUAUUCCCUAAGUGCUGUAGCAGGCAACAAAAGUAGCUUUUAUAUGCUUGGGCUUCACAUUGCAGUAACAACAUACAAAAGGGCCCAUCGCCUCAAUAACCUAGGUCACACAGGUACUUUCUAUACUAGUACAGUCUGAAAUGGGUCUCUGUGUGCAUUACCAAUGCAGUAGGGAGCCUACCCUUAUGACCAUGAGGCUGUCAGCAUCUACUAUAUCAUUUAGGAAAUGUAGGAAUCAGGCCCGAUUGUCAGAAAACUAUCUGUUUGAAGGGUUAUCAUUGCUUUUUCCUUCUGUCCCCAUUCCCUCAAACUAUGAUUCCAUGUUGCUCUUUUGCAGGACGUGUUUGAUGUUCUCUUGGCAUUUACAGAAUGACAGUAGUUAAUGCUCUGUCUCUGCUAUGUACAAGGGUUAUUUAAGUAUGUGUAUUUGCUGUUGUGAGGUUUAGUCUUACUGGUUGCUGCUACUUUUUUAUUAAUAACAAAGAGCUAUGCAUUAUAGUGCACAUGGGAAGUUGGAAAUGUACUAUAGGUAAAGUUUAGGGUAUCUCACACCCCCGAGUACUUUCACCUAUCCAUUUUAUUUAAAAUUGUCCAAUUUAUGAGAUUGGAGUGACAUAAAGGCACUGUAAUUCAGUGUACUCGCACCACUGUGACAGAAGAAGUUCAAUACAUCAAUUUAACGUCUCCUUUCAAUCAUAACAUAAGAUAUACACAUAUGUGUUACAUGUGUGCCAUUUUUGCAUCUGUGAUAGCCAAAUUCUAACAUUUAGCUAUAUGAUACAAGAUAAUCUGCUGCAUAGAAGACAAAUUGUUAAUGGUCAGAAUAACCGAGCACCACAACUUUCAUUUCUUAUGACUUGGCUCUGCGUACAACUUCCUUCAAUGGCUGGAGAUCUAACUGGCUCAGAAUGAUUUUGCCCAAUUCUUCAGUUCUUGCAAAAGGAAGUCUUAGCCCUGACACUACUUGGAUGAAAGUAGCAAAUUGUCAGUAAAAGAGGAAAAAUAGUAGACCAUCUGUUCGUCUAGCUGCCACUGAUCUGAAUAUGAAAAAAACCAUGUUAAAAGUGCCUUGUUCUAUAAUACUGCACCAUAAAUGCUCAAACCUUUUAAUUACUUCCUUGUUCCUUGUGAACACUUGUUUAAUACUCUGUAAAACGAAUAUCAAUCCAAGAUGCUAGACUUACCUAUUUCUCCCAAAUUAUGAAUCUUUACUUGACACUGAUGCUGAGCCUAUGUACCACAGCUUGUGUAAUACCUUAUUCAGCAAUAUGGACACCUUAAAAAAAUUCAAGAUUUGCUUCCAGUGAGAUCAGCAAUUUUUAAACAAAAUGAAAUGUUUUAUAACUAUGCAGACUAUCCAUUUUAUGUUUUCAUAAUUUAAUAGCCCAUUCCACAUAAAAAGUUGUCACCCAGUGACAACAGCUGAUGGUAAAGUUUCUGUCACUGGUGGGUACAACCCAAAGAUUUUACAGUACUCUUGUGCAGGUUGCAGGAUUCUGUGGGCUCGUCUGUCACAGCUAGAGAGUGCUUGUGGAACAAGAGCUGUCCUCCUGUUCUGUUCAAGUAGCCUGCAGCUUGGAAUUGCACUAUUAGUCCAACUCUUCUUGCUCUCCCCCCCCCCCCCCGAAAUGUAUUUGAAGCCAAUAGCAUUUGUGCUAUUUUGGCAGGAGGCCACAAAAAGCUUGUAUCCUUUCCAACACCAAACUGUACCCGCUUGCUAUGGCAAUACAAUAUUGUGCUUUGUAGGGUUGGGAUUUUCAGCUGUCACACAACUGAACCUGUAUUGAAAAAUGCAGAUUUGUUUAGGCAAGCUAAAAGCAGAGGAUGCAAACCAGUCAAAGCUGACGCUUGUAAGUCUCAUUCGGUUGAAUGGAAAAGUGAAAUGCAUGUUUAACUUUCACACAUAGAAAUAAGUAAGACUUAACACUGCUUAACUUUGGCUAGACCAUGUUCUGAAUUUUAUGUCUUAGAUAUAAUUGCAGAAUAUAGCCAUUUUCUUUAUGCAAAGAUUUCUAUAGUUUACAGUCCUUUGGAGGGCCUUCAUACAGCAGGAGCUGAAUUGCGGGACGUUGGCACUGAGCUCUGUCUUGGGGGAAAAACCCAGGAACGAUGGGGCAAAGGUGGUUAGAAGCUCAGUGUUCACCACCUGUGGAAGCUUCCUUAUACUGUGAUAGGUAGGGGUUAUGCCUUGCACAUUAUACUGUCAAGUGCCUGUACUUUACCUUGAUGACAUGUUCGUGAUGCUACGGUUUGAUUCCACAUGAAAGAAAUGUUCACACAUUUGUGCUGCAUUUAGAUACCAAUGAAGACAAAGAAACAUCCAUCACUCUAGAUCCUGUGUGUUGGCUUAAGCUGUUAAACAGUCUCAUUUGUGCUGACGCAGUGCAAGCUUAUGCACAGAUUCUGACCCACUUCUCAGAAAACAGUUCCCGUUGCUCCUCUCAGUCACAUGACAGGCAAGCCUUUGCUUUAGCUUCUACAAGGCCAGCAGACCGCAAGGUGUGCCUAGCCCUGCUUUUCUACCUUCCCACCACAACCUAUGCUGCCAUGAACAGCAGGAGCUCUGAAGGAAGCACUAGCAGCCUGCUGCUGAGCUUGAUCCUGCCCCAAGCACUGAUGUGAGGGGAGAUGUUUCCUUCUUGGUCUGUGUGCUCUGGAGGUGGGUGGCAGGCCCACAGGAUCAGGCCUCAAGCGGGAAUCUGAGAUACAUAAAGUAUCAUCUGAUUUUUAAGCUAGGGCAGAUUUUUGUAAAAAUGGGACACAAUCCAACAAAAGUUCUGUACUUUCAUACCUCAUUGAUUUCCAUGCUAUUUAAUGUGUUUCUCUCUCAUUGAAAUCGGUGAGAUGCAAGUGUCCUUCAGUUUGGCUGGAUCAUGCUCAUAUUUUCCUAAAGCAUCAUUCUUUAAUUUUUAAGGGCAGUGGUUAAAUUUUAAUGUAAUUUAUGGUUGUGCUUUUGUAGGAUUAUUUGUUUGAAAUGAGAUUAUUCUUUUGUGGUAUUUUAUGUGUUGGGCAAAUUUUUAUUCUUUCAAUUCUUUUAAAAUAUCCACGAUGUAGAUGUUUGUGGACCUUCCCUUUUAAAAAAAAGGCAUAUAUCCUUCUUUGCUUUGUAAACAUUUGAUUUUAUGUCCACUGGUUUUAAAGACACCAUUACGAUUGUAUUCCAAGAUUGCACAUAUGUAAUGAUUUAAAUGUUUAUAUUGCCUUUUCGCUGCACAUAAGCAUAAAUCUUGGCUUGAACUCCAUGAAGGUGAAAACGCUUUAUGUGGCUGUAACAAGUCACAAUGCUCACAGUUUCUCUGGUAUUUUAUUAGUUUCACUUCAAAUAUAGUAUUUUCACAGAUGAAUUAAAAAAAAAAUAGUUGAAACCAAGCUGUUGAAUUAUUUCAAUUAAAUCUAUUUCUCUUAAGACAGGAAAACCUGUCUGUAUUAGUCACUGAGAUCCUGCCCGCCCCUCUGACUGACAUACUUCUCAAAGUGCCAUUGGUCAAUUUGUUUGAUUUCACAAUAGAGCUAUAGAAGU